UGCAUUAAUGUGACACAUGACAUUGAUGUUUAGAAUUACUUUUUAAGAUUGCAAUUUUGUUAUAAAUUUAUUUGCCACGUAUAAAAUAUGUACCGAUUAUAUUAUGGAAAUGUAAGCUUAUUGAGACAACGUUCUCCAAACGACUACUUUUGUUCUAGAGGCGUAAGACUACGGGGUGUCCUUCCGAAUACAAAGAUUAGCUCGUGUGUCUUGUCCGAGCACGUCAGGCACAAGCAUCAACUAUCCUUCAAGCCCUACGUGCCACCGUGCUACACGGACCACGAUCAGAAAAACAUGACUCUGAAGAGACCGAUGUCACCUCACCUCACUAUAUAUGCGCCCACACUGCCUGCUAUGACGUCUAUUCUGCAAAGAAUUACAGGCUCAAUAUUGACGUUCUACGCACUGCUGUUGUCUGGAGGGACGCUGUUUCUCUCAAACGGCGUUGAAACCUACGUAACCAUCAUCCAAAGCUUAGACCUCUCCAGGAUGUCAUUGUUCGUGAUCAAAAUACUUUUGGGUGCUCCCUUUUGUUUUCACUACUGCAACGGGAUGAGGUACUGCAUGUGGACCCUCGGCAAAAUGCUUGCAAUGAAAGACGUAUACGAUACAUCGUAUAAAAGUAUGGUAGCUGCAGCCGUUCUUUCAAUCUUAUUUGCUUUAUUGUAAAAAAAAUAUGUUGUUGGCUUAUUUAAAUACUUAGAUAUGUUCUUAAAAAGUUUAACAAGUAAAUAAUUCCAUAAACUGUCUAA